AUGUCGCAAGUCAAGUUCGAGCAGAAGGAGACGAUUCGCACCUCGGGCGGCGGUGGUGGUGGACGCGGUGCUCCUCCGGCCAAGGAGGGUCUGGCACAUGAGAUUGGCGAUGCUCUCACCAAGGGAGCUGGUCCAAAUGGCUACCUUGCCGUAAGCUGCACAAGGGGAAGGGCACUGAGAUGGGAGACUGACGAGAAGCGUGGUAGUGGUACCUGAAGCAGCUCCAAGAGAACCCUCUGCGAACCAAAAUGGUCACAUCGGGAGCCCUUGCCGGCACCCAGGAAUUCCUCGCUUCUUGGAUCGCAAAGGACCGCAGCAAGCACGGCCACUACUUCACCACUCGCGUGCCCAAGAUGGCCGUCUAUGGAGCUUUCAUUUCUGCUCCUCUGGGCCAUGUCAUGAUCUCUAUCCUGCAGAAGCUCUUCGCUGGACGAACAAGCUUGCGCGCCAAGAUCAUGCAAAUCAUUGUCUCUAACCUGAUCGUAUGCCACCCCUCGUCUCCUUCGAUUCGACGGAACGACGUGCUAAUGUAGAGUCGUUAGAUUUCGCCCAUCCAAAACGCUGCCUACCUCACCUCCAUGGCCGUCAUCGCCGGCGCCCGCACCUUUCACCAAGUCCGCGCUACCGUUCGCGCGGGCUUCAUGCCCGUCAUGAAGGUCUCGUGGAUCACUUCCCCAAUCGCACUUGCCUUUGCACAGGCAUUCCUCCCCAAUGAGGUCUGGGUGCCCUUCUUCAACUUCGUCGGCUUUGUCAUUGGGACAUACAUCAACGCACAUACCAAGAAGAAGAGGCUGCAAGCUCUGAGGAAGAAGUACGAGAACAGGGGAACAUCGGACGCAAGGAGCGAGUACGAUCGACGACCGGGACCUGGCGGCUACUAA